AUGGCAGCUGCGAUGGGUGGUGGAAGUGGCUCGGCGGCUUCGCGGGCGGCCGGAUGGGGCCUUGCGACGCUGCUCAAGGCCGGAACACCAACCUCUAUGCGCCAAGUACUAGAUGGUGUUUAUGCUCACACACCACCUGGGGUCGUGAAAUUCAACGACUUGGUGGUUUCGUCGGGUGAGGGCUGCUGGAUAUCCACCACGGAUGGUCGCCGCUUCCUGGACAUGACCAGUGGUAUCGGUGCGGUGAGCACGGGUCACUGCCACCCCGCCGUGGUGGAGGCGGUGCGGAGGCAGGCGGGCAGGGUGGUACAUGCGCAACAAAACGUGUUUGGAGCGCAUGAGGCCAUGGUCGACUUGUACGACAGGCUUUCCGCGGUUCUUCCUCCCUCCCUUGACACCUACUUCUUGGCCAACAGCGGGGCGGAGGCAGUUGACAAUGCGGUCAAGAUUGCCCGGGCCGCCACGGGCCGCCAGAACGUCAUCGCCUUCGAGGUGAGUCCGAGGGGGCCGGCGAGCAGCCUAAUUCCAGCUUGCUUCACCUCCUCUUCUACUCACGGUGGUUUCCAUGGUCGUACACUGGGCUCCAUGGCCCUCACCUCCUCAAAGACCAUAUACCGCCAGGGUUUCGGACCCCUCAUGCCGGGGGUGCACAUCGCACCCUACCCGUACUGCCUGCACUGCAAGGCCCAGGUGGCUCGCGGUCACGCGGGCUACCCCUAUCCGGCGGAACAGGCGGCCUCCGCUGCCGCCGCUGCUGCUGCCGGGUACGGCGACAGUAGCGGCGGCGGCUGCAGCAGCAGCAGCACGAUGUCUUCUCAGGCUGCUCGGGACAUCUCCUGCUGUGGGGGGCCUCUGGAGUCCCUGGAGUGGAUGUUGUCCACUCAGACCGCCCCCGCGGACACCGCCGCCGUCAUCCUCGAGCCCUUGCUGGGGGAGGGCGGCUUCUUGGUGCCACCCCCCGGAUUCCUUGAGGGGCUGCGGAAGCUGUGCAACAAGCACGGAAUACUGCUCAUUGCGGAUGAGGUCCAAGCAGGUGCAGGUCGCACCGGGCGGUGGUGGGGCCACCAGCACUGGCUGCCGACAACCAACACAGCCGCACCAUCUCAACCGCAAUCACAACCGUCUGCCGAGGCGGUUGGUGGCGGCCCCGACCUGGUGGUAUUCGCCAAGGGCAUAGCGAGUGGGUACCCACUGGCGGGUGUCGCGAUGCGGAGGGAGCUGGUGCCGGCAAGCAAGAUGCCGCCGGGGACACUGGGUGGCACGUACGGCGCCAAUGCGGUGGCUUGUGCGGCGGCCUCCGCCACCAUCGACGUCAUCAACGGCGAGGGCUUGGUGCGCAACGCGGCUGUACGGGGGGUGCAACUGAUGACCGGCCUGGCGGAGCUCGCCGCUCAGCUGCCUCCCGGCCUCAUCGCGGAUGUCCGGGGUCGGGGGCUGAUGGUGGGCGUGGAGUUUGGCGGCGGUGUUAGCUGCGGUGGGGGGGAGGGGGGCGGUGGCAGCGGGCCCUCUGCGCCCCGCUACACUCCAGCACGCAAGGGUGUAGCGUCGGCGAUCACCAAGGCCUGUGCUGCCCGCGGCAUGCUGUUGCUGACGGCGGGGGCCCGCGAGUGCAUCCGCUUCCUGCCGCCCCUGACCAUAUCGCAGGAGGAGGUGCGGCAGGCGCUGGAUACCUUCGGGGAGGUGUGCAGGGAGGUGCUGUUGCGUCAGUAG